AUGGCGAUCAAAAUUACAACAAAUACUACUACAAGUCCAACAACAACAGUAUUUGAUAGAGCACCAAAUACUAUAUGUAGCGGAUUUAUUGAUGUACAUGGAACAUGGAAUAAUGGUUUUGCAUGUCCAAUUGAAAAUUUAACUCAACAUUUCUGUUGUGGAACAGAUACUUAUCGUUACUGCUGUUCACCUGAUCGUUAUUCAUUUGAAACAAGAUUUUACACGGACUCUAAUCAUGUUGUUGAUUAUCCUCAAGUAUAUAAUGGUAUUUUAACUGAUGAAAUUACUGCAUCAUUAAUUAAUAAUCAACGAAUGAUCAAUAAACAAUUUCAACAAUUUCAAAAAUAUUUUUUACCUACAUUCUUGUUAACAACUACUAUCCUUUUUCUUGUUGGUAUUGCUCUAUGGUUUUGGUUGUAUAAACAUAAAACAUAUUAUUCAUUAACACACGAUGAUUUCAUUCAAUCAAGAAUAUCACAUCGAAUUCAAACUAAUUCUAGACCAAGAUUAGCAGAAAAUAUUAAUCUCAGUGUAGAACAACAACAUCGAUCUUUAUCACAUUCAUCAACUGCAGUUUAA